UCGCAAUGACAAUUUAGUGCCAUGAAAGUGUUUAAUCUAGAAUAUAUUGCUACGCGUUUAAAUAGCAUACAUUUUGGUGUAAUACUAUUUAGUUUCUAAAUGGGCUACCCCUGCCUUUGUUAUGGACUCUUCCUGCCACUUCCUUGUUCGAACUUUUGUUUUGGGGACAGCUUAGCACAAGUUUAGUGAGGUAGCGACUACUCUGAUUUAUUUUGGUUGAUAAUGUCAACGCCAUGAUCGAUAACAAUCGUAGAAGUGUGCUGGUAGAAGCCAUCGCUAUCACCGUGGUCGUGUUUAGAAAAAGAUCGCUAACGUUGCUUUAGGCUCCACACACAGAGAUGUCUUUAGCUAAUGUUAGCGAAAACAUUCGAAUGGAGUUUCCACUGCACUCCUCAGUUUGGGAGAAUAAUUACAGGAAGCUGGAGCAGCAAAUUGUACUAUUGAAGGAUGAAAUUGAGUGUGUGGAUCCGAGAGGUCGGACACCUUUGCAUCUUGCUGUGUCACUCGGGCACAUGGAGUCGGUGAGAGUCCUCCUGAGACAUGGAGCUCAAGUUACAAAAGAAAAUGCCAAUAAUUGGACAGUGCUGCAGGAAGCCGUCAGCACGGGAGAUCCAGAGAUGGUUCAGUUAGUUCUGCAACGGAGAGACUAUUUCAAAGCAUCCACUGCUUUGGAAGGAGUACCCGGGCUUUUGUCAAAGAUUCGAGAGUCACCAGACUUCUAUAUGGAAAUGAAAUGGGAAUUCACCAGCUGGAUCCCUCUUGUGUCCCGGGUUUGCCCAAGUGACGUGUGCCGCAUUUGGAAAAGUGGAGCAAACCUUCGUGUGGAUGCUACUCUUCUAGGCUUCGAGAACAUGACUUGGAUCAGAGGGCGAAGGAGCUAUCUUUUCAGAGGAGAUGAUUCGUGUGCAGAGUUGAUGGAAGUGAACCAUGAUGAUCAGAUUGUGGACACGGAGCGUUUCAUAAUAUCACAAGAAAUGGAAGAUGUCACUCUGGAGUCAAUGCAGCCAGCAGAACAAGAAGUGGCCAAAAGGUUGACCACGCCAAUUGUCAACACCUACUUGGACACCAAGGACAUUGCUUUUGAGAGGAACAUGUCUGGAAUUUGGGGCUGGAGGACAGACAAAACCGAAGUAGUCAAUGGGUUUGAAACAAAGGUUUUCAGUGUAAACAAUGUGAAUGUCAUCAUCAGGACAAGGACUGAACAUCUUACAGAUGAGGAGAAAGCCAGGAUAAAAAGUGAAAGGAACAUCCUGGAGUCUCUGCUUGGCACAGUUGAACAGCAUAUAAGUGCACAAGGGGACCUGACACUUGAAUAUGCAACAGCCACAAACCCCACAGCCAUCACUCCAGCGGAAUAUUUUAAUCCCAAUUUCGAUUUGGGGAACAGAGACAUCGGCCGACCGAUUGAGCUGAGCGUGCGAACGCAGAAGUUCAAGGGGACAUUGUGGAUGAGUGAAGAACAUCCUCUGUCCCUGGUGGAGCAGGUGACCCCCAUCAUUGACCUGAUGGCUCGGACCAGCUCGCAUUUUGCACGUCUACGAGACUUUGUCACGCUCAAAUUCCCUCCUGGAUUUCCUAUCAAAAUCGAGAUUCCUCUAUUUCAUGUGCUGAAUGCCAGGAUUACUUUUGGUAACGUGAAUAAAUGCAGUACUGAAGAGGAAGCCAGCAAAACACCAGCAACCACACCGUCGUCCUCGGGAGACGACGACGAGGCUCGAGUCGCGCCAACAUUCCAGGUAUGUCCGUCUGUGUUUGCGAUACCCAACCACUACCACCGCCGAGGGGGCAGCCGACACGUCACUACGCCCGCUAAUGACGAGGAGUUUUUGCAAUACGCAAUCCAUCAAAGUCUCUUGGAUUCCCACAUGAACCGAGAGCAGGAGAGAAUAGGUGAUGAGCCACACAGCCAGUAUAAUGACGUCAUGGUCAACAGCCAGAGUGACAGGAGUAUCCCAGAGGGGGUGCUAGUGGAUUGUGGCGACACCUCCAGCCCCACGAGCACCUUCUCCACCUCAAGCCACGACUCAGAGCUCCACUUGGCCAUGGAGCUCUCUGCGCGAGCACAAGAGCGAGAGGAGCAGCUGAGGAAGCAGGAGGAAGAGGACCUGGAGCGGAUUUUGCAGCUGUCUCUCACUGAGAAGUAGAAGGACGAAGAGGGAAUUGGAAACGGCCCCAAAGCGGCCGCCUCACCUCAUUGACACUUUCCUGUCUUCUGUAGACCCCUUUAGGGUUUGUAAUGAUGUGGCGUUAUUUUGGGGGCGCGCCUUAGCUGGAGGCAAAAAGAUCCAGCUAACAGCGUGACUUGGGCCGUAAAGCGGUCUAUGCAAAUUGGGACCGCAGAUUUUCCCUUUAACAGCCUAGCCUAAACAGGCAAAACUUUCCUUCUCGUUAACUUUUUAAAGAGUGUUUUGGGCUAAGAGGUUACACGUUAUUUCGUAUCUACGUCCUGAGGCGUGGUGGGCUUUUAGUACUUUAAACGGCAGUCCCAUCAUAUCUUAGUCUUACGGCAGCUCCCAAGAAUGUUAUCAAAAAUGACUACUUCAGGCGACGCAACCUAAGUUGCUACUCCCACUUAAGAAUUAAGUGCCAGAGCACAGUUUAUAUUCUUGGUGUGGUUUUAAUCUUAAAUUUCUGAUGUGAUUGAGUUUGGGGAAUAAAAUAAUACUUUGCUGAGGACCACCAGGGGUUUUAAUGCUACAAGCCAUUUCCAUUGGAUAACAGAAAUCUCAGGGUCAAGUUGUAACAAUUCUUUCUUUGGAAGUUUUAAACUACUGGUUAUUAUUAUCACAUAUCUCUCUGCCAUACUACUAACUAAAAGUACAUGCAGGUUUCUUGUACUUUUCAGAAGGCCAACAAGAAAUUGCUGCGAGAGAAUGCAAGUUCCUGCAGCAGUUGUAUAUAUGGUUGGUUUGUUUUGUUUUAAGUGGAAUAUGUAGGGAUUUUCUUUGCUGCCUGAGCAAAUACCAGCAAUAAUGCCUCAGUUCAAAAAUGCAACAGCAGCCUGUGCAGGGUGCAGUCCUGUGCAAGCAGUCUCCAUAUUCCUGAAGGCAGUCGGACUUGAUUGUUCCUCCUGUAGCCACAAACAACUUCAAACCUCUUGAGUGCGUGCAGGCCACAUCAGGAUCCGAUUCAUUCAUUUGUUUUCUUUCAGCAUGUGCCAACAGACACUUUGUCUGUUACUUGAUGGAAAGUUUGUUUUGCCACCCAAAACCUUUUGAUUAUUUCCUUAUCCGAUAGGAAGCAAGUUGUACCCAUCGUGAUGUUGAAUAACCACUGUAAUGUAGUUAUUUUACAUAUAUGACCAACCACUAACCUGAGUGCUUUCAGCUAAUCUUAUCCUCUGUGGUACAUGAUGAAAAAUGAGCCGAUAUCAUUUUGCCAACCUUUUAAUAAAGGACAACUUUUGGUUCAGUCAACUGAGAUCUUUGAGCUACAGACGUUCCUAAAAUAAAGCACUUUACUUACAUA